AUGGAACUUUCUGCUGAUUACCAUUUCGACAAGGAGCCGCAGGACGUCUGGGACGCGCUGAUGAAUCCCGACGUGCUGGCCGGCUGCAUCCCCGGCUGCCGCAGCAUCGAGCCAGAUGGACCGGACCGCUACCGGGCCAGCGCGACGGUGCGGGUGGGCCCGAUCAGUGGGAACUUCACGGCGACGGUGGCAUUGUCCGAGCUCAACCCGCCCCAUUCCUACCGGAUGACCAUCGAAGGUUCCGGCAACCUGGGUUUCGUCAACGGCGUGUCCAGCGUCACGCUGACGCCCGCGUCGGGCGGCGGGACCGACCUGCACGUGGACACCGACGGCCAGGUGGGUGGGGCGGCGGCACGGGUGGGACAGCGCAUGAUGGGCUCGGUGGCCAAGGGGAUGAUGGACCGGUUCUUCGGCUGCCUGGCCGAGUCGGCGUGA